AUGAAUUGUCUCACUAUUGAUCCUGCCCCUCUUGCAUUUGAGUCAUAUCAGUCAGGGGACUUCAUUAUCGGUGGGAUGGUUUCUCAGAUUGCUUCGUUUUCCCCAGCAUUUAAUUUCAAGGAAUGUCCUUGGCAGGAGUUCUCUGAAUUCAGAAUGGUGGUGACAAAGUUCUACCAGCACAUCUUGGCCUUGGAUUUUGCUGUCAAUGAGAUCAAUAAGAAUCCCAAGAUCUUACCGAAUGUCACACUUGGAUUCCACAUCUAUGACAGCUACAACGAUGCUCAGAUGACCUAUCGUACCACCCUGGACCUUCUCUUCAAAUCCCACAGAUUUGUCCCUAACUAUGAAUGUGAUGCCAACAAAAAACUAAUAGCCAUCAUUGGGGCACUUGCCUUUGAUGCCUCACUACACAUGGCAAAACUAUUAAAUAUCUACAAGAUUCCACAGCUCACCUAUGGCUCAUAUGCCCAAGCAGAGAGUGAAAUGAUGCAGUUCCCCUCUUUUUACCGCAUGGUUCCAAGUGAAUUCCACCAGUAUAAGGGAAUUAUCAGCUUGUUUAAGUAUUUCGGAUGGACGUGGGUUGGGCUCUUUGUGGUGGAUGAUGAUCAAGGAGAACGUUUCCUGCAGGACUUUGAGCCAUUGCUUUCCGAGAAUGGAAUCUGUUCAGACUUCACAAUACCAAUCCCUGCCCGAGGAAAUAUUAACGUUAAACCAACUAUAGGAGAUUUUAAAGCCAAUAAUUAUUAUAGGCUUAUCAAUUUUGGGAAAUCUAAAAUAUUUGUCAUCUAUGGUGAAAUAUAUACCUUAAUGUAUAUAUAUUAUCAUUUAUAUGAAAUAGGAAUUCCUGAACAUAAGGAAAAUAUAUUUGUUGGAAAGGUAUGGAUUAUAACAGCCCAGAUUGAUUUUAUACUAGCAGAUGUAAGCCGGGAUUCCAAUUUGCAAGUGUUCCAAGGCGCCAUAUACUUCAAGAUUCACUCAAAUGAACUUUUUGGGUUUGAGAAGUUUCUACAGAUGCUAAAACCUGAUUGGUCAAAAGCAGAUGACUUUCUGGAGCUGUUCUGGGAACAAGCAUUUGACUGUUCUUUCCCAGAUCCCCUGGUACCUUACAAGGUCUCUGGAAGAUGCACUGGGGAGGAGAGGCUGGAGAACCUCCCUGCGCAUGCUUUUGAAAUGCCCAUGACCGGCCACAGCUACAGUAUUUAUAAUGCAGCUUAUGCUGUAGCACACGCUUUACAUGCCCUUUGCUCAUCUCGGGCCAACCACAGAGGAAUGGUGGGUGCCAAAAGUGCUGAACUAAAGAAUCUGCAACCUUGGCAGAUCCUGCCAAUUUCUGUAUGUAGUGAUUCCUGCCAACCUGGAUAUCGGAAGACAAAGGUGGAAGGGAAGAAGUUUUGCUGUUACGAUUGUAAUCGAUGUCCAAAAGGGAAGAUUUCAAAUCAAACUAUCUUGGUGCUGCACACCUUUAUUAAGCACAGGGAUACCCCCAUAGUCAAAGCCAACAAUCGGGGCCUCACUUACACUCUCCUCAUCUCUCUCCUGCUUUGCUUCCUCUCUUCUUUGUUGUUCCUCGGAAAGCCUGAGAAACUGACUUGCCUUCUUCAACAACCAGUUUUUGGUUUGAUCUUCUCAGUGGCUGUUUCAUGUGUGUUGGCCAAAACCAUCACUGUGGUUGUAGCUUUCAUGGCCAACAAGCCAGGGUCUACCAUGAGGAAGUGGGUGGGAAAAAGACUGGCCACCUCCAUUGUCCUUUCUUGCUCCCUCAUUCAAGUUGGCAUUUGUGUUGUGUGGCUCACAACCUCUCCCCCAUUCCUGGAUUUAGACAUGCAGUCAGUCCCUGAAGAAAUCACUAUGCAAUGUCAUGUAGGUUCUGCCAUCAUGUUUUAUCUUGUCCUAGGCUACAUGGCACUAUUGUCCAUCAUCAGCUUUUCCGUGGCUUUCUUAGCUAGGCAUUUGCCAGACACCUUUAAUGAAUCCAAAUUUAUCACCUUUAGUAUGCUGAUGUUCUGCAGUGUUUGGUUGUCAUUUUUUCCAGCCUACCUGAGCACCAAGGGCAAAUACAUGGUCGCAGUGGAGAUCUUCUCUAUCUUAGCUUCUAGUGCUGGGUUGUUAGGCUGUAUCUUCUCUCCAAAAUGUUACAUUCUUCUCUUCAAGCCUGAGCUGAACAACAGGGAACUGAUAAUGGGGAGAAAGAAUUAG